AUGACCGAAUUCAAACUGAUUUACUGGCCCAUGGCGGGUAGAGGAGAGUAUAUCCGACUAAUGUUAGUUCUAGCUGGAAAAGACUGGCAAGAGGUCAAUGACCCCACUGAGGUUGUCAAACUGACUAAAGGAGGCCAGACACCUGGGUUUCCAGCCUACGCUCCGCCGGUGCUGGUGCAUAAUGGGUCCCUCACGAUAAGUCAGACACCGUCCAUACAGGAGUAUUUAGCGGGGCUGUUUGGAAUGCUUCCCGAAUCUGCUGCAGAAGUGGCCGUCGCUAGAUCUCUCAAUCUGACAAUGCAUGAUUUUAUUUUGGAGGGAAAUCUCAACUAUCACAUGAAGGAUUUCCACGCUGACUACUUGGACCAGAAAGAGUACACUGAACCCUUCAUCAAAGAGUUCUGCGAUAAGAGACUCUUCUUGUUUUUUGACUAUUUUGACAGAGCUCUGAAGCAGAACGAAGGAGAAUACAUGUUUGCAGGCUUGACGUACGUGGAUGUUACUCUGUACCACUUGAUGUGUGUAGUAAAGUCUGACCAGUUCUGUGACUGGACAAAAAUAACCCAGAAGUUCCCGAAGCUGUGUCAGCACUGGCAGAGGAUGGAUGCCAACGAAAAGAUUAAGCAGUACAAAAUUAGUGAAAAAAUGAAGUACAAACUGCAGGGUUACAGUUUCAUGUGA